AUGCGUGUUCUUCGAAAUACCGAAAGACCCCGUCUCAGAGUACGAAGUGUCCUAUGGUGUUAUCAACCAAGACUAACAUCAUCCAGGCGGAUCGAAGGCGUCGAGUCCGAGGUUCAAUAUCUCCGAAAACAGCUAGAUCAGAUGCGCGAGUUGUUUCAACAGAGCCGUUCACAGCCCACCCCAAAGUCCCAACUAACACACUCCCCAAGCCACCUCUGUGAUAGGCAACAGGAUGUGCCUCGCGAGAGCGCUUGUGGCUCUCGUUUUCCUCAUUCACAGGAUCACCCCGAAGGUUUAUUCCCACAUAUACCUGUCACUGGUUCCGCUAGGUAUACAAAUUGCCACCAAUACCAAAGGUCUAUGUCGGGGACCAUACAAACGCUCUCUCCAAAUGAGACAUCGACUCAGCCUCCCUACGCGCGCAGUCAGAUAAUUACUAGACCACCCAAAAGAAAACGGUCUGGGUUUGAGAUUCGAGAUGAGCCUAUUGCGGACUUUAUUGAUAAAGGCCUCAUCACGCUUGAAUGUGCUGUGUCAUACUUCAAUACGUAUAUCCCGAUCUUCGACCCUCAAUACGACACUUUCGACUCGGUCCGAGCUCGAAGUAGUAUCCUUCUCAACGCAAUUUGUACCAUUGGCUGCAUGGUCGAGACUAGAUCUGGGGGUGGUUCAAUGUCCGACGUUCUCCACGCCGAACUCAAGAAAUGCAUCAACGUCAUAAUCCAGAACAAACAAUUAAACUGCCGAGAAUCAAUCCAAGCAAUGCUCGUAGUUGCUUGUUAUUCUGCAGAACGCUCACUAAUCUUAUCCUUCGCCACUCGCAUGGCCCUGGAUUUGGAAUUGGAUGAGGCAUUUGAUGAAUUGACCCGGCGGCUUGCUCUUCAGAACGAAGAUAUGGCUUAUGCCUUGCCACAUCAGAUGUUUAAAGAGGAGAGAGCUCUUAUGUGGAAUGCUCGGACGUGGUUCGGGCUUUUGGUUCUCGAGCAUAUAUUCCGACUUGAUGGAGGAAAGCCACCUGGCAUUCGGCUAAAGGGGAACUCCCGCCGCUGUCGGAUUUUACUUAGCCAUCCAUGGUCGACUAUUUUGGAUUUACGGUUGUUCUCUCAGGUUGAGAGGUAUGACCUUUCGGUGGAUUUAGAUGCAAUGACUAAUUUACCUUCUAUAGCCAAUGUCGGUGAUGCCCUAGGAGGAAACACAUCGCUCGAUGGGCAAGGUAUCGCGGAUUACGUGCAUGAUAUGAAAAUCGAGCUAGAUUUGUGGUUCGAUGACUGGCUACGCAUUAUCGGUUGUGUCGCCGCCGCCGAAGAGAAGCCGUCGCUACUAGUCGCCCUUCGAGUGCAAAAAUGCUGGACCGAAAUGAUGCUUAACUGCAAAGCAUUACGAUCCAUGGGUGUUGAGAACGUAGCUGCCAUGUCCGCCACGGAAAGAACGAUCCUCCUCACAGCCAAAGCAAGUGCACGCCGCCAUCUUCGCCUCAUAAUUGCCGAUCCAGACUUCUACCUCGCCAAACUGAAAUAUGCAAUGGAUUUUGUCUGGGCCAAGUGCGCGUUCUCCUUCCUAUUGCUUCUCAAAUUAUCCCGUCUGAUCCCUGAGCGCGAUGAGGAGCAUCAGGAGCUGCUGGAACAAGGUAACCGACUCGUCGAUGAGCUGAGUAAAGCUGGAGCUAGUGGAACUCAGUCCGGCGCUGGGAAUAUUUAUCUCCAGAUCUUGAAGGUCAGUAUUGAAAAGUACGGGCGUGCAUUGAUGGAAGCACAGCAACCCAGCUCAGAUGGGCCCACGGAUACGUCGCCGUUCUGGGAAUUGUUUGAUGCCCAAGCGGAUCUCCAAUGGUUUGUCCCCGAGCAGUUUGUCUCCGAGUGGGACUUUCCGGGGCUCAAUUUGUUUUAUUUCCCUACUGCUUGGCAGGAUUCCCUUGGGGACUUUUCGUUGGCUAUGUAA